CACCACAAUGCGAGGCGUUUUUGUGCUGCAGUUUGUAUGUUGGAACGCCAUCCGCUGCGGUCGUGCACAUAAGAACCACACCAUCUCGCCGUGCUGAUACUGGUCUCUAGCCUUUUCAUCAUCACCUCUCAAUCUGUUGCUGGAAUCGUUAACUCGUUAUCAGGCCCUUUUUGUGCGUACGCCCCUCUAGGUCUUCACUAGCCUUACGUUACCCUCCUAGCAUCGGGAAUUGUCCAGAUAUUCAACCUGGUGCAACCCAGCAAGUCGGGCCGCGGCGGAGUGGCGUGCAACAGCCAUCGCCACUCCGCCGCAUGUCUGGUGCUCCCGCGACAAUGGACCAUGCCCUUUGAUGGCUAGGCCCCUCGCAGCACCAACGGCCUUGGCACGUGAUCGAUUCUCGACAGAUCACUCACACCUCGCCAUGGCUCGCAGUAUCUCGGCCUCGGGGCCGGGACGAGCUGCAUACUGACUGCCGCCCUGAUGGACAACUGGUCCGUCGCCUGCCGCAUUGACCCCCAGCCCGUCCACUCAUUUACACCCUCAGGCUGGGACAAAAAAAAUACAAAAAAAAUACAUAUAUAUAUAUAAAAAUACACGGGAGAUCGGCGAGUUCCCUUUAGUUUUCAUUUCCACGCCACACGCUCUCCUGCUCCGAGCGUCAACAGCCUCGGUGUGAAACCUUUGGGCCGCCUAACCAUACUCGGAUUUUCGCCGAGGUGGACGUCCUUUCCAACAAAGGUCGCAGUCGAUAUGGCGGCCCACGCCUCGGGUCUCACGCACGUCGUGCGUUGCCGCUGGGAGCAGGAUAACGUGAUGAACUGUUUUGUUUUGCUCUUGGACCUGAACACACUCGUCCAAAAAAGGUUCCAGCCGACGGCAAACCCGCGCGUCCCCAAAAUCCAGCACAGCACCAAGCAAACACCAAUCAUCAAAUAUACAUCAAAAGUCCCAGACACUACCAGGAAACAAGACACGAACCAUGGAAUACCUAUCAGGCUUCCGGGAUACCGGAUACAACCGGGAGGCUGGCCACAUUGACCCACGGCUGCUGCGCUUGGAUUUAUAUCCUUUGCAACCUUGGCCUCCUACUUACUCCGUAUCCCCUUCCCUGAUAGAUAUUAACAGUUCAGUCUCUUCAAACACUCUGGUUCCCCAGGUCUCUAUGGAAACCGCAAACGUUAGCCCGGGUACCCCUGAGCCCGCGUACCAGGGCCAGCCUUUAGAUACGGCCCACGACGGCCACGCCACAAAGUUUCUCGACCAUCCAGACGAUUGGGACGCGAUGAACAGCCCCAGGCUCAGUGACCGGAGAGGCUCGACCACCUCGGCCUCUCUGGGACCGGCUUCUUUUGUGUCAGACAUGAGUCCGGCCAGCUACCAUCACAGUCCCGAUGCGACAACCCUGUUUUCCUGCGAUGUGUGUCAUCGAGCGGGCAUUAAAAGCUUUGGAGAAUUGAACAAGCAUAGGAAAAACCAUUCUAGGCCAAUUUGUUGCCCCGAGUGCGGCAAGGGAUGCCCGACGCGGAAGGACCUCGCCCGUCACCGCGAUGUCAACCAUAAAAGCAAGGACGAAAGGGUGCGGUACAGGUGUUCCCACCCAGGCUGUUCCAAAGGAUUUACGCGUGAGGACAACUGUAAACGACAUAUGAAAAAGAAACAUGGUGGCAUUGACAGGUCUUGUUGACUAUCGAAAGAAUCGGGGCACGAAUCGGGGCACGAAUCGGCCGGGAAUGGGUCUCCUUGGAACGGGAGGUUUCCUAUCUAGGCGUUUAUCCGUUUAUGCAGUCUCUACGUUACUUCAAGUACUUUUCCAAUCUAUUCAUCUUUAUCCUCGA